AUGAAGAAAUCAGUAUCGCCCGAGCUGUUCACCCAUUGUCGAACCCGCGACAUCUGGCCAUCGGUCAAACGUCCCAGAUAUCGCCGCAGCCGCACCAAGGGUUCUCGCGCAUUCCACCACCGUGCCCUCCAGAAGAUCGCCAUCGAAAAUAUCAACAAGAAGUGGCACAAGGCAUUCGUCCAAGCCCACGGCUUCUCCGACCCCGUUCCUCCUGACUACCCGCGAGAAGAAUUUGAAGACGCCGACGACCACCUUCGCUGGGCUGAGAGUAAUUCAGAUCUACCCGAAGGCCGAUGGAAUAAAUCCAUGCUCAAGAAAGAGCUGGAUGAGACUGCCGACGAUCGACCCAAGCUACUUCUUCUUUGGAAGCUCUCGUUUCGUCUGCACCGAAAGGAUCCCCUUUACCUCUUCAACUUUUACGCCAACGACAUCGAUUUCAACGACGAGCCAAGUGACGAUUUGUUCCGAGACAGCGCCGAGUGGAACAGAAGCCACCUUUUGAGCGAAGACUUUUGCGACAAGCUCGUCAGGAUCAUGGCUCACCCGAUGAGCAAGGACUUGUCCUUCAUGUUGUUCCUCCUCAAGUGGGCCGUCAUCUGUCGCACCGACGACCGCCGUGGUCUGAAGGAGACGGACAUCGAGAUGCUUGACUCUCUCCAGUGCUACAUCGACCCAUCCCUUCACUCUGAACCACUUGGAGUCCGUCACGAGGACUUCCAGCAAGAGAUGUGGGAGCGUGGUGGAUGGCCGACCGUCGAGGCUGAACUUCUGUCCAUGAUCUGGCAGAAGACGACUCCCUCUAAAAUCGGCCACGUUCUUCUCGACGGUGUUCCCCACCAAGUCACCGCUUCCGACCUCGACACCGUCAUCGAGGCACUCGGCGCGACCGUGGGAGGGGUCAAGCUAGACUACAGCAUCGACUUUGAGGCCAUCACGCAACUCACUGCGGAAGAUCACCCAGCUGGGCCCGAAGAGUUCAAGGCUGCCUUCAAGCAGGCUUGGAAGGUGGUGGAUAUGCUGUGA